UCCAUUUGUGAUUAUGCUGGCAGGCGUUUCCUCAUUAACCCGGGCAGUCCCCUUCAUCUUGAAGUCUAAGUUCCGUCUCUCUCGCCGUUCUUGAUCUCCAUUCUCUCCGACCACCAAGGACCCCAACCGAACUAGGUUCCAAGUAAUUAUCUCACCGCACACAACCACCAUGUCAUCUUCUCACUCGGAAAACACUCCCGCCUCAGAGCAUCAGGCACCGGAGCCCCCAGCAGCCGAGCCCAGCCACCCCAGCGACGAUACUCACGAGGCGCGUCGUGAGGGUGGUUAUGGACCCACCCCUGAACAAAUAGCGACGGCCCAGGCAAUCCUGGCUAAAAUGGAAGCCGACGGGUGGAUUAAGCCUUUUGUCAUUCGGUAUCCGAGAUGGGUGCUUGACGAUGGAACGGUUAUUUGCGAGGGAAGCGGGCCCGAGGCAGAGGUUGAGGCGGCUACGGCGAGUUCGAAUGAGGGACCCGCGCCGACGGAGGGGCCUGGCUCGGAUAAUGUGAGAGCGCGACUGUGAAGGUGGUGACUGACGUGUGGUGUUGGGUUACUUGCCUGGGGUUACAUGGGGGUAUAGAGGUUGUGAGAAGCGUCCAUGGAU